AUGCAAAGAUUUUUAGGAUUUGUUUUAGAUAAAUUUAGCGAACUAGGACCUGUGAGGAAGCUUUUUAAAUUUUUGUUUGGCAGGCUAUUUGAUAAUCUCAUAGAUAGAGAGAUUAAGCUUAGUGAUUUUAAAAAUAAUAUUUUAGAACUUGAAAAUUUACCUCUUUCAGCUAUUAAAAUAAAUAAGGCCUAUCUUAGUGAUUCUCCAUACAAAUUGAAAGAAGGAAAAAUAGGAAAAUUAAAAAUUAAAAUAGCAUCUUUUAAAGAAUUAGCUUCGAAAGACAUUGAAGUUUAGAUUGAUAAGAUUCAUUUAGUAUUCGCAUUUGAUACUAAUUAUCAUAAAUAAAAAAAUUUUUAAAUGGGGUAAAACAACAAUCCUCCUGAGCCUGAAAUUUAAGAUAUUGAAUUAAAAGAUGAAGAUGAAGAAGAAGAUGAGUGUUAAAAUUAAAAUGGAUAAUAGAAAUAAGGUAAAUAAGAUAUGUUUAAAUAAUUCAUAAGAUAAGUACUUUCAAAUAUCAAGCUCAGUGUGAAUGAUUUGGUUAUUGAUUUAUAUAUGAGUAAAGAUGAAGUAGAAAAACAGCCUUAUCUAAUGCUUAGGCUCAAGAAAUUAAAAAUCUACUAGCAGAAGAAAGAUGAUAUAUAUAAAAAACUGAAGGUUUAAAAAGACAGAUCUGAAAAUCUUUAUUGGAUUAAGUUAAAAGAAAUAAGCGCUUUUAUUAUCAAGCCAAACGAAAAGUAGAGCAAAUUAGCAGAGUUUCCAUUCUCUUACCCUAACAUUAAUGACGUACAAUGUAUUUUUACCACAUCUUUUAAGAUGAAAUAAUUUAGGUAAGCCAUUUAAAGCUAAGAUAAAAAGGAAUUUGAUAAGUUAAAUUAAUCUUACUUAUUUGAUUUCACAAAAUCUAUGGUAGAAAAAGAUAUUAGAAAUUAAAAUUUUGAUGAUGAGUCCUUUUUACCUAAUCACUUUUAAAUUGAAACGUUGUUUAAUCCUAAUGAAGCCACUGUUAAAAGUGUCAAAAUUUAUAUUCCUCCUGUAGAAAUUUAGCUUGAUCCUAUUCAGCUCAAGGUUCUUUAAAAUUUUAGUGAUUAGUUUAGUAGCUAUUCAAAAAUGAGAAAAAUUAACGAAUACAAAAGAAAUAAUUUCUGCUAAAUAGAAAUCCCUAUGUAUAACGCAGUAAAUAGAUAACGUAAAAAAAAUAUAUCUGAAAAUAAGAAGUAAGAGGAAGAGGAUUUUGAGAACUUGCAAUAACAGAAAAGUGUGAUUGUGACAAAUGAUUGUCACUUCUAAAUUGGAUAAGAAGAGUAAAAUUAAAGAAUGUAAGAAGAGAAUAAAUAGAGGGAAAGCCCAGAAAAAAAACAAGACCUGCAAAAUAUUAAUUUGAAUAAUAGUAGCAGCUAGAAUGAAGAAUAUGAUUUAAUGAAUUAAAUAUAAUUUGAUUUUUAUAAUACUUAAUUUGAUUUUAAGAUAUAUGCCAUAAAUAUUUAUCUGCUCAAAAAACAUAUAAAAGUUGAUGAAAACAAAAGAAUAUUACCAAGUAAGCAAGACGGAGAUAAUGAAGAAAAUGAUAAUUAUUUAUAUUUAAGAAAUUGGAUAUACUACUAUGAUGAGAUCAAUGAGAGAGUAUUAUAUCCUAAAGAUCAAAUUGCUAAGCAAACAAAUCGAUUUUAAUUAGGAAAAGCUUAAAACUAAUAAAGUAUUUAGGGUAUAUCUUAAAUAUUUUUAGAUAAAACUUCUUACAACGAUAGCAUCCCUUGUAGCUAUUUCUUUUUUUAACUGAAAGCCUUUAAAAUCAUCACCCAAUCUCCAACAAAAAAAGUUGUUUCUGUUAAAUCUAUAAAGUUAAUUGAUGUUAAUUUGAUUAAUAAUUCAGGAAUUUUCUCUGAAAUAAAAUAGAACAAUGUAAACCCAUCUUAGACUAUUUCAUAAAUAGAUAAUUCAAAGAUGAAUAUUCAGCAGCUUUCUAAAAUUAGUUAAAUUCAAAAUUUGGAUUAAAGCUAAUUAGAUGAUAUUUUUUAAUCUGCUUUAGGACAAUUUGGUCAAAGUUAAAUUUAAAAGUAGAGUUAUAGAGAGUCAAUAAAUUAAAGUAACAGUUAAGUUUUUAAAUCAAUUAUAAAUGAUUAGAGUGCAGACGAUGAAUUAUUUUAUUCUAUGCAGGAUAAUUAACAAAGCACUCUCCUCUAAUCCAAUAGGGCUUCUAAAAUUUUAGAAGAAAUUAAAGAAGAAGUUUAAGAGAUCAAAAAGUAAGAAUUAGACUUAAAACCUUGGUAAAUAAGUAAACAGAACUAGCAUUAUUGCAUCUCAUACAUAUUGUUGAUUAAAAACUAGAAAAAAUCAAAUUCUUAAGCAAAAAGUAGUAAUUUUUCAGCAAACAAUAUCUCAAGAGUUUAAUAUAAACAAGAUAUUUUAUUUAAUUAAAACUGGUUAAGUGAUGAAAACUAAAAAAAUGAAUUACCUUUAGCUUUUUAAAUGGAACUAAUUAAGAGAGGGUCUAUUAUUGAUGGCUAAGCUAAUAUAGGAUCCAUGUAUACGAGCUUUGAUUUAAGGAUAUUAAGGGAUUUCUAUUAGAUUAUGUAUCCUUGUGAUGAUUGGGCAAAGUUUACUGAGAAAUAUAAAGCUUAUGAUAAUAGGCUACAGAAGACUGAAAAUAUUACUCUACUUGACCAAUAUGCUAAAUAAUGUGAGUAAAUAGAAAAAUUUAUAUCUCUAAAUACAUAAAAUCAAAAAAAAUAGAAGGAAGGAGAAGCUAAUCAAUAAGACGAAGCUUAUUAGAUAGAGUUUUCAUUGAAUAUAUAAAAGUUUAAAUUUGUUUACUUUUCUUAUUAAGAGAAAAGUGAUUUCAAGCAAGCACUAAAGAAAUAUGAUUUAAACAAUAUUUCUUCUUUAAUCUGUGUUAAUAAUACCACGUGUUUCUGCUCCAAUCUAAUGAAAGACGCUAGAAAUAAUAAGAAAUAUUUAGCUGAAAAUUUAGCAGUUUAAUUUAAUAAUAUAAAUUUUACUUACUAGAAAUCAAAUUAACAAAAUAGCAACAAUAUUUCAUUAAAUAUGGAGAAAACAGUUGUUGGUCUUUUGAAGAUAAAUAAAGAUUUGUGUUUGGAGUCAACAGAACCCAUAUUUAAGUUUAAUAAUUUAUUGGAUAUUGAAUCAGUUCAAUUAAAUUUAAUUCUAUUAAAUUCAUAAUCAAUUAAUUAAUAAGGAUCUUCCCUCUUUUAGAAUUCUUUAAAUCUCACUAUUGGAUCACUUUAAAUUAAUAUUUGGAAUUUAGAUAAAAUACUUAAUUUAGUCGAGUAGUCACAAGGUUUGUUUUAAGAUUAUCAAAAUUUGCUACAGAAGCUUUAAAAAUUUGACAGAGAACUCUGUAGAUCAUCAAAAGUAUUGACUGAAAAAUAUAGUUAAAAUGAUGAGGAUAAAUCUGAAGAUGGAUAAGGCUAGGAUUUGGAAUAUAAUGAAGGAUUAGCUUUAUAAUUUAAUUCAGAAUUUAUUUAUGAGUAGGAUCAAGAAAUCAGCAAUUUUUUAAGCUAAUUUUAUAUCCAACUUCAUAUUAACAAGUUAGACCUUAGAAUAAUUUACUUAAAAAAUUACAAGAAUUAUUUAGAAAAUAUCAAAAAUAACAAUUUAGCAGGCAGCAACGAUUACAAUAAAGGAAACCUACUUUCUCAUAUUUUAAAGAAUUCAACUGACAAAAAAUAUACACCUUUUAAAUAUUAGCUUAUCCCUUAAAACUUUUGCAUUUAGUUAAUAUUUCGUCACAAUUUCAUCAAUAUAGACAGAGGAUAAAAUUUUAGCCUAAAAAUGUAUGAAAUUUAUCUUGUUGAUCAUUUACAAAGUAAAAUAAACCUAGGCAACUAUAAACAAAACUAAAAUGGUGAAGAUUUAACUUAUAAUUAACUUAUACAAAUUAGCAGUGAUUCAAAAGAAAUAGAAAAUAAACUUCUAAUAUACUCAGCCUCCUAUUAUGACCCAAGAGUUAUAGAGGAAGAAUAAAAUUCUUGGAUAAAUAAAUUAAAUGUAAUAGACCUUGACAAAAAUGAAAAAAUCUAAAGAGAUUCUCUUAAUAAUGAUUAGAAUAAGAGGCCAAGCUAAUCUUUUGUAUAAGGUUAGGAUGCAAGAGAUUAAUCAAAAGCAUAGCCUGUAAUUUACUUGAAGCUGUCUUAUAAAGUAGAAUAAGAAAACAGAAAAAUAAAGAGUGAUCCAAAUCCUAAUAAUCUUAAAAGUUAAGAUUAAAAUUCAAAUAAUUUAAACGAAUCAGUUUUCUCAGAAGAUGGAGAUCAAGAAGCCAUUAAAGAUAAUGUUAUGAAAAUAACAAAAAAUAAAAUAAUUUUCUCAAGCAUUGCAAUUCAAGAUUUCAUAAUUCGAUUUGGAGAUUUCAGAUCAGAAAUUAUUCAAAACUUUUUAGAUAUUGCUAAUAUCUUUGGAAACAGGACAUAAAUCUAGUCAAAAGAAAAUACAUUAUAAAAUCAAGUUAAUAAAAUAGUGCAAAGUUAAGAUAUAUAAAAUGAUAAAUUUCCUAAAUAAUUUCAAUAAAUAAAUUAAAAUGAAACUAUAAUGCAGGUGGAAAUUGGAAAUAUGUUUAUUAAUAAUAUUGCAAUAGACCUCUUUCCUUUCCACGAUGAAGAUAUAAGAUAAAAAUUACCUAAAGUAUACCAAAAUGUUGCUGAAUCAAAUUAAAAAAGUGGUUUUUUCACUAAUUAAAGAUCAAUAGUCCUUCUUAGAAAUAUUAUCAUAAAGAAAUUAAAAUAUAAGUAAGUAAACACCAAUGUGACAUAUGCUUCAUAAAACGCUUUCGUUAUCAGUUAAAAUAUUUAUUAUGAUACAAAGAAGGAUUAGCAGAAUAACUUCGAAUUCUAAUUAGAAGUAAAAGGCUUAGACUUCUAUACUUUAAUUUUUGAUGAUUUAAAAAAAUAUCUCAACCCAAUUGUUUUAUGCAGACAAAAUUUUAUUUUUAAAGAUAUUCAAUCGUUAGAGUCUAGAAUACAUCUUGAUAACAAAUAAUAUGACUUUGUUAAUUAGCUAGAGCAGUUAGGAUUCUAAAAUAUCGUAGAAAUAGAAUGUUUUUUGCACCUUUAACAAAGCUAAGAAAUAUUUUCUGCCAACUUAUAGAUUGAAAAGCUAUACAUAAACUCUUGCAAAGAUUCAAUAAUUUCAUUCCCUUUGCACAUCACAUUAAUUUCUUUACUCUUUUAAAGAUUGACUGAGCCAUUAACAAAACAACAGAAUAUUGAUCUAAGUGACUCAUAAAACAUGAAAGAUUAAUCUAGUAAUUUAAAUAAUUCAAUGAAAAAAAGCUAAAAGCAGUAAAAUCAAAUAGAAAAUAAAAAUUAAAACUUGGUAAAUAGCAAUAAUUAGCCUAGAAAAAACAAUGACUCUUUUGAUUUUGAAGUUUUUGGAGAGGAGUUUCAAAUAGAAGAAGACCAAAAUACUUAAUUCUAAACUAAUGCAAAAGAUCAAGAUAUAGAAUAUUUCCAUAAAUAAAAUUUAGAUGAUUAAAUACCUAUCACAUAUUUUGAUUUUUCAAUUAAUAAACUAGAGAUAUAAAUAUUUUCUGGUUAAGAUUUCAGCUUCGAACCAAAACAAAAAACUGUUACACCAGUUAGAAAAAGACUUUAAAAUAGGGAUACUAAACAAAACUUACUAUUAACAUUCUAUAAACUCAGAGCUUUGUAUUCUUAAUAUUCAACCGUUAAAAAAAUUAACUUAUGCAUUCAUGGAAUAGAGUUGCAGGGCACUGUAGCAAAUUAAGCUUAAUAAAUAAUUUAGAAGAAAGACAACAAGCAGAAAAUGAUAUUGUUAGAUAUUACAAUUGAUGAAUUAAAGAGAUUGAUUUCUUUAAGAACCUACUUAGCUAGAAUUAAGUUAAUUAUAGAUAAAGUCCACAAAUAAUUAUUUGAAGAUUUGAGCCAAGUACACAUAGAUUUAGAAUAAAUUUCUGUGAAUAAAAGCUAAAUUAAACCAGAACACAGUGAAGCUAUACUUUUCAAUAAUAUUUCCAAAAUAUAAUAAUCAUAAAAUGAAUAAGAUUAAGAAAUUCCUUUAUAAAAUGAAAUUAAUCUGGAUAAUUAAAAAGAAGACGAGGAUAUAGACGAUGAUUAUGAAAUUUAUAAUGGAGAUUAAAAUGAAUUUGAUAAUGGGGAUACUUAAUAAUAUAAACUAUCACUGAUUUAAAUAUGUCCAAUCGAAAUCGAGAUAACUGUUAAUUGGUUUGUGAACAGCAUUUUGAAAGAUUCUCUCUUAAUAUUCAAUCAAUACUUUAAUUCUAAAGAAAAAGGAAUAGCAUUUAAUGAAGAUUUAGUUUUCUGUUUGUAGAAUCAUUAUACAAAAAUAUUUGAUGUGCAUAUAAUGAAAAAUAGUCAAAUUCUUUAAAUUAUGAAAGACGUUGUUUUAAUCAGAAAUAUCACUAACAUAACAAAAAAUUUAGCAAAUGUAUUUAUUCUUCCUUAUAAAUCAUUUAAAAACAAUGGAAAAAUAGCUACUGGGUUAAUAGAAGGAGUAAAAGGGUUCUAAUAAAGUAUUUUUACAGAAACAAAAAACUUACUUUCAGUUGUUUCAAACAUAUACUCUUAAUACAUAAAAUACAAUAUAAUGAAGAUAACGAAAAUCAAAAAGCUAUUAAAAAAUAAGAAAUAAAAAUGA